AUGGCGGAGGAGGUCGCCGGAGCUUCGACGGAAUCGCUGUUCAAGGCCCACAAGCGCAGGAAAGUUACGCGACGGCGCAAUGUGGACGAGGAGUGGAAUGAGGAUUCUGAAGGCAUCCAGACGAAUUCCGCUCAAGGCCCAGAGCCUUCACACGACGAUGGGGAUGAGGUACUACAGAUUGUGAGAAGGCCAGUUGCUAAGAAGCAUGGGGUGGCGUUCGCGAGCUCUGGUCCUACAAGGAAGGAUGCCGACGCUGGGGAGACUGCUCUUGUUCCUGUUCAGCCAGGCCGAGUAGAGGAAGUCAUCACGAGUGAUCGCUUUGUAAAGCCUACUGGAAAGGUCGUCGUCGAGGACAAGCACUUGUAUGUUGUACCCAUUCUCUCCUCUAUGUUUUUAUGGGGCAGAGCUAACAGCGUAGGACGGCAUACGUAGACUCGAAAUUGGCUGAACUUCGUUCAUCUACCGCUGCGCCAACUCAAGACCAAGAUGCAGGAUCUACUGCUGCUACCUCCAACAGACCCGGUGCCGGCCUUGAUCCGACUGGAAUGACAACAGAACCGUCGUCGGGAACCUCUUCGAAUGACAUCCGCAAGGACCAACGCAGAGCCACCAUCCAAAAUCGCCAACCGAAAAGACGUCGUCAGCCAGCACGUCGAGAUGAUACCUCUCUAGCGCGCGACGCAAUGGUCGACGAAAUCAUGCGGGAGAGCGAAAUACCAAUUUACGCCCGCACUUCCACUCCCGCCAACCCUCCCAACCCUCCCUCCGGUCCAGCAGACGACUUCGACGCCGACGAAGCAGCAGCGCAAGCCUUCAAAGCCGAAUUCCUCGCCAAUCUCCAGCAGCGAAGACGUCGCAAACCACCCCCUCCACCGCCAAAUUCCAAAGCCGCGCUGCAAGCGGCUGCUGCUUCCACGGGACCGAAAUUGGGCGGAAGUCGAAGUCAGAGAGGGAAGAUGAAGGCUCUGGAGGAGGCGAAGCAUGGGGCUGGCAAGAAAUAG